AUGUCUGACGUUACUACUGCUCUCGAUCAAAAAUGGUGGAAGAACGCUACCGUUUACCAGAUCUGGCCCGCUUCUUACAAAGAUUCCAACGGUGACGGUGUGGGUGACAUUCCAGGUAUAAUCUCCACCUUAGACUAUGUCAAAGAUUUGGGUGUGGAUGUGGUCUGGCUCUCCCCAAUGUUUGACUCUCCUCAAGACGACAUGGGGUACGAUAUUUCCAACUACGAAGGGAUCUACCCAAAGUACGGUACCAUGACCGAUAUGGACAACCUCAUUGAAGAGACCCACAAGAGGGGGAUGAAAUUGAUCUUAGAUUUGGUCAUCAAUCACACAUCUAAUGAACAUGACUGGUUCAAAGAAUCCAGAUCAUCCAAGACCAAUCCUAAGAGAGACUGGUACAUCUGGAGACCUCCAAGAAUCGAUGAGAAUGGGAACAGACAACCUCCAACUAAUUGGAAGUCCCACUUCUCAGGAUCGGCUUGGGCAUACGACGAGUUAACCGACGAGUACUACUUGCAUCUUUUCGCCAAAUCUCAACCAGACUUGAACUGGGAGAACCCGGAAACCAGAGAGGCAAUUUACAAAUCAGCGAUGAAGUUCUGGUUCGACAAGGGGAUCAAUGGUUUCCGCAUUGAUACUGCUGGGUUAUACUCCAAGACCUAUCCUAUCAGAGAUGUUCCCAUUAUUGUUCCUGACCAGGAGUUCCAGCCGGCGGAAGUGUACACCCACAACGGCCCACGUAUCCAUGAGUUCCACAAGGAGAUGUUUUCCAAGGUCACUAGCAACUACGACGCUAUGACCGUUGGGGAAGUGGGGAGCGGAUCUCGCGAGGAAUCGUUAAAGUAUGUUAGUGCCAAGGAGAAGGAGAUGAAUAUGAUUUUCUUGUUUGAUGUUGUUCUGUUGGGUGCCCAACCUACUGACCGGUACAGGCCUAAGAAGUUCACUCUUGUUGAUUUCAAGGAUGCGGUCAAAAGACAGUGCGAGUUUGUGUCUGGUACAGAUGCUUGGUCGACGGUGUUCCUUGAGAACCACGAUUUACCGCGUAGUAUUACCAGAUUCGGGAACGCGUCCAAGAAGUACCAUGACAAAUCUGGUAAACUAUUGGCCAUGAUGGAAGCUGCCUUAACCGGCACGUUGUUCAUCUACCAAGGCCAGGAGAUCGGUAUGACAAACUUUAGCCGUGAUUGGGAUAUUUCGGACUAUCAAGACAUCGACUCCAAAAACUAUUACAAACAAAUCAAAGAGAAAAACGGCAACGAUAAGAAGAAGAUGCAGCAAGUGAUGGACAACUUAGCGUUGCGCGCCAGAGACCACGCCAGAACUCCUGUGCAGUGGGACGAUUCUGCGAAUGCAGGGUUUAGCACUGGAAAGCCAUGGAUGAGGGUGAAUGACAACUACAAGGAGAUCAAUGUCAAAUCCCAGGUCAACGAUCCAAAUUCUCUUUUGUCGUUCUAUAAGCAGGUCUUAAAACUUAGACAGGCUUACAAGAACUUGUUCAUCCAUGGUGAUUUCGAAAUUUUAGACCACGAGAACAAGGACAUGUUCACAUUCACCAAGACCCACGAAGACAAGAAGGCUCUUGUGGUGUUGAACUUUAGCGAAACAAACCAGACAAUUCAAUCUAUCGAGGGUGAAAUGAUUCUUUCGAAUGUUGAUCAGGUGAAUGGGUCUACCUUGUCGCCUUACGAAGGGAGAAUUUACCUUCUCCAGUAG